UUCUCGCCGUCAGGAAGUGACGGGGUUCGGUGCCGACUCUUCUCCUGGUCCCCGCCGCAGGGAAUGACCGGGUGCCAUCGGCCCGGCCCACGUCGAGUGGACCUUGUUGUGGCUGGGGGUUCUGCUUGGCCGUUGGGGCAGUACUGGUUCUGGGAGUGGACCUUCCUACUCAGAAGCCAUGGAGAGGCCUUGGAGGACUUAGGGCUUGAGCUAGGGAAAUGGAGAUGGCUUGAUGAGUGAAGAGUGAGAAGUCCUGUGCCGUGGAGCUCUUUGGUCCGGUUGUGUUUUGGAUAGUUAUGUUCUGUGGCAGGGUUUUAUAAAACUAGCAUGCUAAAAAGAUCGGUUCCCACAGAAUGACAGUGAAGUUGGGCGACGCCGGCAGCGGGGAGGAAGGGCUCAAGAAGCUGGGGAAGAGAUCGGCUGAUGAGGAGUCCCUGGAAGGAGAGGGGGCCGGUGGCGCAGACGCGGCCGAGGACGGCAGAGGCACAAAGAGGGAAGAACCGACCUCACGGGCCGGCGGCGCCUCCGCGCCCCCUGAGGGGCCACAGGCGCCGUCUCCACCACAGGGGAGCCCCCAGGACCAGCACCACUUCCUCAGGUCCAGUGUGCGGCCGCAGAGCAAGAGGCCCAGGAAGGACUCGCCCUGCAUGGUGGGGAGCGCCGGCCCCAGCAGCUCUGGACCCCGAGGGAAAGGAACCGACAGUGGUGGGACGUCGUCUGGAAACGUGUCUGGGGUUGCCCCUGCAGGGGCCUCGCGUUCUUCAUCCCGGAACAUCGGGUCUUCAGGAGCUGAGAAGGAGGAAGGCAAAAAGGUCAGGAGGCAGUGGGAAUCGUGGAGCACAGAGGACAAGAACACCUUCUUCGAGGGACUGUAUGAGCAUGGGAAAGACUUUGAAGCGAUUCAGAACAACAUUGCUCUGAAGUACAAGAAGAAGGGCAAGCCAGCAAGCAUGGUGAAGAACAAAGAGCAGGUCCGGCACUUCUAUUACCGCACCUGGCACAAGAUCACCAAGUACAUCGACUUUGACAAUGUGUUCUCACGAGGGCUGAAGAAGUCAUCCCAGGAGCUGUAUGGCCUCAUCUGCUAUGGCGAGCUUCGCAAGAAGAUUGGGGGCUGUAUGGAUGACAAGAAUGCAACAAAGUUGAAUGAGCUCAUUCAGGUUGGGGCUACCACAGUACGUUACAAAGGGAGAAACCUGCGGAUCAAAGCACCCAUGUGUCGGGCCCUAAAGAAGCUCUGUGAUCCUGAUGGCUUGAGUGAUGAAGAGGACCAGAAACCAGUGCGCCUGCCCUUGAAAGUCCCUGUAGAGCUACAGCCACGGAACAACCAUGCCUGGGCCCGAGUGCAGAGCCUUGCCCAGAACCCCCGCCUCAGGAUGAUUGUGGAGCUGCAUAGAAAGGUCUCCAGCCUCAUCGAGUUCUUGAAGCAGAAGUGGGCACUCCAUGAAGUGCGAAUUCGGAAGACCCUUGAAGAGGGGCAGCUGCAGGGUACGAACUCUGCACAGAUGCAGGAGAAGGUGACACUGCAUCUAUUCCCAGGCGAGAACUGCACACUGACUCCGCUGCCUGGUGUGGCCCGUGUGGUUCACUCCAAGGCCUUCUGCACAGUGCACUGGCAGGAGGGUGGCCGCUGCAAACAGAGUGCCAAGGACACCCAUUCGCUGCCCCCAGCCCAAAUCCUGGGUAUCCAGAGUGGGCAGGGCACGGCCCGGGGCCAGGUGAAGUGCCCAAGGGGCAGCACUGAGGGCAAGGGUGGGGGGCGGCCCCCUCCCACCACCGACACAUCGCAGAGCUCUGGAGAGAGUUCCCCGGAGAGUGCCCCUAGUCUGAGCAGCCCGGAUGCUCCCGACAGGCCUCUCCCAGGGCACCAGGACUCCCUGCUGCAUCUUGAGAAGACCCCUGCAGCGCCUCCUACAGAGGGUGGGGAUGGUCCUGCUCGAGAACCAGGGUCCCUGCUGUGUGCCUGCGGCCAGCUCCCAGACCUGGAGGACGAGCUGUCACUCCUCGACCCCUUACCCCGUUACCUGAAGUCCUGUCAGGACCUCAUCGUCCCUGAGCAGUGCCGCUGUUUGGAUGCUCGGCCUAGGAGUGAGCAGCCUCCUCCGGGCAGGGCCACCUCCCCAGAGACUCUUGCCUCCAGUGGCAAGGAGGCUGCCAACCUUGCUGCCUCGGGCCCAGACCUUCAGACUGGCCCUGGCCCCAGACUCCUACUGGAUGUUUGCACUAAAGAGCCAGCAGAUACACCUUCAGAGGAGCCCCAGGAGAAAGGGAGCCCCUUAGAGCCUCUGCCACCUCAGGGACAGUGUACUUCCAGGCCCCCAAAGGAGGUCCCUGCCAGCCAGUUGGCUCAGCAGCUACGUGAGGAGGGCUGGAGCCUGCAGACCUCUGAAAGCCUUACGCUGGCCGAAGUCUACCUCAUGAUGGGCAAGCCAAGCAAGCUGCAGCUCGAGUACGACUGGCUGGCUGUGUUGGGCCCUGCGGGCCAGGGCCCUGGAGGGCAGGGCCAGGCCACGCGCCCUGGCUCCCCACCCACCACCCUCCAUGAACAGCGCCUCCUGAGCUGCCUCCUGAAGCUCAUCUCCACAGAGGUCAACCCCAAGCUGGCUCCAGAAGCAAAUGCCUCAGUGAGGCCUGCCCAGGAAGAACAGUCAGCGACUCCCCCAGGGAAGGUGGUAACUAUCAGCUCCCGGAGCCCUCGCUGUCCUCGAAACCAGUCUGCCCUUCGCAGUAGCAAAACCUUUCCACCUAGUUCCACAUCUUGCUCGCCAGGUUUGAGAAACCCCCCCAGACCCCUCUUGGUGGCUGGUCCCUCCAGCACAGGAAGCAGUGACUCAGAUGGUGGCCUCUUUGCUGUCCCUACAACUUUGCCACCAAACAGCCGACAUGGGAAGCUCUUCUCACCCAGUAAAGAAGCCGAGCUGACUUUCCGGCAGCACCUGAACUCAAUUAGUAUGCAGUCAGACUUCUUCUUGCCAAAGCCCAGGAAACUGCGGAACCGGCAUCUACGGAAGCCAUUGGUGGUCCAGAGAACACUGCUCCCUAGACCAUCUGAAAACCAGUCCCACAAUGUGUGCUCCUUCUCCAUCCUGUCUAACUCUCCUAUAGCUGGGAGAGGCUCAUUCCGGCCCAUCCAGUCUUCUCUGACCAAAGCAGCACUGUCUCGGCCGAUUGUGCCCAAGGUCCUUCCAUCCCAGGCCGCAAGUCACCUGGCCAGUGCAAUUGACCUAGCAGCACAGAGUGCUGGCAUCAUUCCUGGAAGCCCCUUACCAGUCUUGGAGACUGACAGCUUAUCUGGCAUCUCUCCACUGUCCUCAGAUGAGGUGACAGCUACCAUCUCAGGUCAGGACUCCACUGGACCCCGCCAGAAUGGAGACCCUGUCCCCACCAUGAGGGGCACGAGCAACCCAUUCAUCAGCAUUCCCCCAGGGCCGGAGCAGAAGCCAGUGGCGGACAGUUUUCAGCAGGGUUCGUCUGUUCUCUCCUUGUCUGAGCUGCCUAAAACUCCUCUCCAGAAUGGUCUCUGCACACCUUUAUCCUCAUCAGAGGGCUCUAGCACCCGGCUCUCCCCGCCUAAUGUUUCUGCACUGCUGGACAUCUCUCUGCCUGGCCCACCUGAGGAUGUGCUCUCACAGGGAGAACCUGCAACACAAAUCAGUGACUCCAUCAUUGAGAUCGCAAUUAGCUCAGGCCAGUUUGGUGAAGGAGUCCCUCUUUCUCCAGCAAAGCUGAAUGGCAGUGACAGUUCCAAGAGCCUUCCCUCCCCAUCUAGCAGCCCCCAGCCCAACUGGAUUGCCUCUCCCACCCAUGAUCCCCAGUGGUACCCCAGUGACUCCACAGACUCCUCACUGAGCAGCUUGUUUGCCAGCUUCAUCUCCCCAGAGAAGAGCCGAAAGAUGCUUCCAACUCCCAUUGGAUCCAACAGUGGCACUUCCUUGCUUGGCCCCAGCUUGUUGGAUGGAAACUCGAGAGACUCUUUUGUGUCCAGGUCCUUGGCUGAUGUUGCAGAGGUGGUGGAUUCCCAGCUGGCAUGCAUGAUGAACGAAAACAGCAUUGAUUAUAUAUCUCGGUUCAAUGACCUGGCUCAAGAGCUGUCCAUCACUGAGCCUGGGCGCCGAGAGGCUCUGUUUGAUAGUGGUGGAAGCGGCCCUUCUGUUGGGGACCUCUCGCAGUGACCAUGCCUUGUAGGGAGGGUAACCUGGAGGCUGUAGAGAAGGCUUAGUGUGCUAGCUGUCCUCACCUGUGGCAGAUAAAAUCCUCUUCAACUUAAAGGAAGAAGGCAAGUCCAGAAUCCUCAGAAGACUGUCUCUGGACCCCAGGGUGUGCAGCAUGCAAGAGCUGUCCAGCUAUCCCAGAGCCCCAUCCCAGCAAGCAGGGACCAUAAUGAGCAAGUAUGACCUCUGAGAAGGGCCAAUAUCAGGAACUACCCCAUUCUCCGUCCUCCUGGGACCUGUCCUGGGGUCUGCUUGGCUAUUCUACACUGCCUCUCCUGUGGCAUGGAUUACCUCAGCAGGAUGCCUUUCAAGAAGGGUGUGCCCAUAGUUGUUGCAUCCUGGGAGCUGUAAUCUAAGGGAGAUUCUGGGCCGUUCCUUUCUUUCUGACAUCCUUUUGCCCUUUUUGGUCACUCUGUUAUGAUGCUGAGGGGGACAGUGGCUGUAGCCUGAGCUUCUGUGUGGUGGUAUCCACAUCCUGACAGUGCAAACACUUCAAAGGGUGCCCUGAUCAUGGGCCAAAGAAGGGUCCUAGGGCAGUAUAAUCAGUGUCAUCUCCCCAGAAUACUCCUUUCCUAGUGCUUUUCCCACCAGAAGUUUUGUUCUGACUGACAUAACAGAAACAGGAAAGGGAAUCAUGUCUUAUGCAGGUUGCGUGGAUGUUUUUUUAGGAUCCUGCUAAGCUGGUUGAAAAUGUUUUUCUUGUUUUCAAGAAUUAGGAGACAGACACAGAAGAGCGGAAUCCUCUAUCUGUUUUCUUUCCUGUGUCCCUAUCCAGGUUCAUCCUAAGUGAGAUCUGUUUUUCUCCCUACUGGGCUCACCCCAAAGCACUAAUAUGAUUACAGGCAAGAUUUUCCUCGUACCUUCUUUAGCCUUUCAUGUGUUACUGUUUGGCAUCUAAGACAUCUGCAUUUGUAGGGAAGGCUUUGUCUUUUUAGAGGCUUCCUCCUUUUGCUGUUGUUGGCAUAGUGUAUUCCUCCGUAUACAAUUAGUCCCUCAUACAUGCCUUUGUCUCCACGACUCAAGGAGCUUAGCAAGGAUUUAGAUGUUCAAGUGUAGUCAGAGUUGACCAACCUAUGGCCUUCUGGUUGUUACUCCCACGUGGAACUCCAUGGUGGCCAAUUAUUACAACUGCAGGUGGUCCAGCAUCCAGUCUUGCCCUAGAAGGGGCCAACAUGAGCUCCUUUUUCUUCUCAACCUCAGGAGGUCUAAGUGCACAAAUCACCAGUUGUAUCUCUUGUAGUGGUGUGGGCAGAUGGUCCCCAUGUUGCCCUCUCACUUGUUCACCCUCUAUCCACAGCAGUCAAGAUUGUCAUUUCUAACCCACCUGAAUGUGCCAAUCCCUCUCCUCCCCUCCUCUAUUCUCCCUUCCUUCACUUGCAUGGUUCCCCUUAAAGCCAGAUCCCACCCCCAGCUGUCUUCUGUCUCCCAUCGGUAGUGAAAAAGAGAGCCAGUGUAUAAGGAGGAGGAAAGGUAACUGGUAUAGACCAUCCUGUCAUCUCACUGCCCCCACUCUAGACUACAGGCAUCAAUGGAGGAAAUAGAACAGCAGCUCUGGGGCCAGGGAUUUAGCUCAGUGGUGCAGCGCCUGCCUUGAAAGCACAAGGUCCUGAGUUCAAUCCCCUGUACCGCAAAAAAAAACCCAAAACAAUAGCUCUAGACAGCAGCUUCCUUUUUUUGCCACAUUCCUCCUGGUGCUUGCCUCCUCCAGAUCUUUUUCCCCUCUUUUUGCAUCACUAGGGGUUGAACACAGGGCCUUCACUCUGAGAUACUUGCCCAUCCAUUUCAUUUCAUAGACAGGGUCUCACUAAGUUGCCCAAGAUGGGCUUGAACUCAUGAUCCUCUUGUCUCAGCCUCCCCGAGUGCUGGGAUUACUGGUGUGCACCACCAUGCCCUGCUCCUCCAGCUCUUGAAAUUAUGCUACAGCUCCCUGACACUCUGUAGUCUCUAAUCUCGGAAGAGAUGAAAACAGGAACAUGACACCACCUUAUUAGGAGGUAGACAGCCAUGUUUGAACUAGGGUAUCUUGUGUUUUGUACCUAAUGUCAGCUUCCUGAAGUUAGCACUGCAUUGAGCUGAAGAUUUUCACAUCUCUCUGGUCUGCAGUACGUAAGGAUACCAGGCUGAGCUUGGGCUUCUGCUAGCUUCCUUACACUCAACAGUCUGGGGCCAUAGAUGCUGGCAUUGUGCCCCGUUGACACAUGCAUUGUGCUAGGCAGUCUCCGUUCCAAACUGCUUCACAUCAGGCACUCAUUAUCCUAUGAACUCUUAAAAAGAACAAAACUCUGGAUAUUAGGAACAGUGUCAUAGGCUCUUUGUGUGGCAGCACCACCCACCCUGGCGAAGACUGAGCUUGGGAGCUGCCAGCUAUAGCUGUUGUCACCCAGUGGCAGGUGACAUCUUUCCUACAGUCAGUCUGAUGGAUUUCAGAGAUUUUUGCAGUUUCUCUAGCAGCCAGACAGGUAUUCUCAUUUGCUUGCUAUGUUUAAGGGGGUAAAAACUGUCAUUCAUAGCAGAGAAAACAGUAGAUGUCUUUUUUGCCUUGCCUAAGUGAAGAUAUAUAAAAGAGGCAACUGUAAAAGGAUGGAAUUUUCAAAAGAUCUAGUUAGAGAAGUUUCCCAGUUUCUUUUAACUGCCUCUGCCAUUCCAGCAGAGUUGUGCAGUCCAGUGUGAAUCUAUGACAUCCUUUGUGCAUUUGAGCACGUGUAUUUGAGACAAGAUCACUUUCUUAGAAAAAAAUCUCCCUAAUCUCUUUAAUAAUGUCUCUGGAAUCUUUUUGCUGAUUCAUCUUUUCUAAAGAUUGAGACCUAGUAUCUCUGGAAUCAAAAGAAGUUGGUGUUUGGCCUUGAUUCUUUAUUGCAAAUAUAGAGUAAUGAGCAUUCCAUCCUCAAAAAGACCCAGAGCCACGUUGAAGUUCAUUUUUCUGUAUUCUGUAGGAUAGAGUGUUGGUCAGGGAGUGGCCAUCUUUGGGGACUUUUUACCAGUCUGUCAAGCCUGGUUUUCCACACCUCCAGGAUCUUAGUCUUGGACUCCUGUUCUUUUUCAUUGUGUGUGGUGGCUUUACUUCUGGAGGAGGUCCUUUCGACUUACUAGCAUCUUUAAUUAGACUAUGCCAUUGAGUCCAGAUUUAUUCUACAGGAGCUGGAAACAAGUGAGGAGGGAAAAGUUAUAUCUGCUUUUUAAACACUGGGGUCUGUUGGAUGUAUUCAUGAGGAAAUACAGCACUUUCUCUUAAGGGAAAAAAAAUUUUUAAAGAAAAAUCCCACAGUACACCUUUCUGAGCUGUCAGAAUUCUCCCAGUCUCCCAGUAACUCUUUGGUCCUGUGAGGUCACUCUAGUCCUGCAAGCACUACACCAACCCACCUCUGCACUGUCAGAUGGGAUUCCUGGUUGUAGCCUGCGGUGUGGGCUGCAGAACUUGUGCUGUUUGCUUUAAUAAUCGUUAAGCCAUAUCAUGUAAGGUUUCUGGCUUGUUUGAGAUGUGAAUUUGUUUUAUAGAUUAUAAAUAUACAUAUACAGUGUAAAAAGCAGAAUGCCUGUCCUUCCUGAUUAUUUUUUGUACCAUAUUGUAAAUUAUAUUAUUUAUUCUUUACCAAUUUUGGGAAUAAAAGGUGUUUUGGUUAUUUAAUAUAAUAAAAGCUGGUAAACUGUGUAAAUUUCCAGUUCAACUUGUAAAUGUUUUUAUUGUGGAUAAAUACACACUAAUACUUGAUUUGA